CAUGGCAACGCUGAUCAUCACGAACAGUGAAAAGUACGGCGGCUUGGGGUAUCCGCCCAUCAAUGCUGCUGUGAUGACCGCGAAUCCGAAAGCGUUCACCGACAUUGGCAUGCACGAACUGAGCCACGGUUUGUUCAACCUUGCGGACGAGUAUUCCUACGGCCCGACCGGGACGAAUGGCCCUUCGGUCUCGCCGAACUGCGACCACUGUUCCUUCAAUCCGGACGCAAUCACGGCGGAGUGCAAACAGCAAAACACUUGUUUGGCGCACGGGCCUGACGACUGCACCAAAUGGCGGGACCUGCUGGACGCCAGGCAGAAAGCGAAAUCUUUAGAUGUGGACUUGUUCCAGGACGUCGUGUGUGCACCCGGAUACUGCCACAUGAGCGGGUUCUGCACCGGCCUGCACCGGGGCCUGAUGUUCCAGGUGGCGGGCAACAUGGGCAGCGUCAACGAGCGCAUCUCGUGCUGCAACUAUCUCGUCGAGCUGCAAGUGCUGCCGCCCUACUGUGCGCCCUACGACGACAGUAGAUUUGGGCUUGACAUCGUCGAUUUUUGUGCGCAAGAAGACGGCGACGAGAACGGCGACGCUCUGGUGAUGACAAAAAACGGGAGCUGGCUCAAGAGAUUUGACGAAACGCCGAUUGGGCAAAUGGACUCGUUUUUGGAGGAACAGGAGACAUCAAGUAGCGCGAAGACAAAAAAAGCAAAAAACGAGGACGACAAUGAGGACCCGUUGAGCCCCAUGACUUAUCUGAACCCGGAGACGAACCACGUGAAGAUCCGGCUUGCGCCGGUCUCGAUUAUGGACAGCAAAAACGCGAACCUAGACCCGAACGACCCGACUGACCCUUUGCAUGCGAGGCACCAUCUUUUGCACCAAAACUUCUACCACGGGCGUCAGCCCACCAUUGCCGAGCUGGAGCAGGCGCACCUGCACAUGAAAACCCAAUUCGACGACGAGGCGCUGCCAACGGUGCUGGAAUUACAAAAGGACUUGGCCCUCGACAGCCCUCCAGCGCAUCCAGCGGAACGCAACACGAUUCUGGGCGUCGGCGACGGCAAAAUGGUCUUUGUCCAGCGCCCCGUCGAGUGGUCGCUCACGCGCGAGGACGAGGAUAGUCCCUGGCAGUGUAAGCAGCUCAUUGUGGGGAGGGAGAGACCGGUCGUUGGCGAGUUGCAUGCGGUGGGUCAGACGAAAAGCCCUACCAGCGAGGAUGAUUUCGUUGUCUCUGCGGAGCACAACGAGGGCAAGACAUCAAAGCAGACUGCUGAUCUGAUUCCCGACUCGCUGAAGCAGCGGCAGGCGCGGGGCAUCAGAGCGACGUCGCACAUCAGCUGCGACGAAGAAAAGUUGUUUCACAGCAACCAGCACAUGCUGCCAACCGGGAAAGGAUUCGAUUUACAGAAUUACAACCCGACGGAGCCCUAUUGUCGCAGCAACGGAAGGACCGACGCCGAUGGCUGGGUGCGGAACAGUGCGAUCAGCAAGGUGGUGCCCGUGAAAGCCGACUGGGCCAGUGUCGGAGCUUUCUUCGCCGACCCGAAAAUGCCGACCGACACGGUAAAAGCCACUCUCAAGGUCGACUGGCUCGUGAACAAACCGCGCAGCAAGGCGACUUUGUGCAUCAUCAAUUUCCGGACGCGGUCCGUGGAAACCGGCUUAGAGCACCUGGAUUUGGAGAAGCAAGAGCAGCUGGAGAAACAGAUGAUGGACAAUCAGGCUGCUGCUGGGGUGCCGCAAUUUUCUCCUUAUCCUUCGGCAGCCCAGAUCGAGAUGGCCAACAGUCCGUUCAUUUCUGCGGAGGAGCGGGAAAAGGCGCAAGAGAUCAAGAAGAACUGCUUCGCGGCCGUGCACUAUGUGAAUGAGAUCCACAUGGCCACCAUGUUUGUCGAAAACGACGAGAACGACCGGCCGGACAACUUCAGCCCGGGCGACCCGUCGGUGAAACUCCGGACCGAGUCGGACGCCGUGCUGGAAAAAGAGAUGGCGCGGAAGGCGAAAGUGGAGUUUUUGAAAAAGGAGGUGCAGUGGAGUCUGUUCCCCUGGUUCGACCAAGCUGAGUACACGAACGACAAUUUCAAGUGCGAAGUCGCUUGUGACAUCAUCCCGGAAUGCAUCCUCUAUUCCUACCACCCGGACGAGCUGGGGGACCACGAGCACUCUUGCCGGCUGUACGGGAAGGGCGUGGAGAUCACGAAGAUGCAGCCGCCGCUGGAGUUUGAGUUUACCACGAAAAACGACGAGAUUAUGCCGCAGGAGUACCCGACGUCCGUUGUCAGGUCCUCGCAGUGCGUGCGGCGCUUGUGUGACCUCGUGGAGCGCGCGGAGAACAUUGUGGUGGGGCAGAAUUUCCUCACGGAGGGCUCGGCCUUCGAGAAGUUGGACUGCGCACGCCCGGUCGACUGCCAAAUGUCGGGCUGGACGACCGAGGACGUCGAGGCGACCGCCGCCGAUGCCGCCGAUUUGGAAAAGUACGCCGUGCCCGAAUCCUGGACCAACUCCGUGCUGAUUAAGUGGAAGCGGUCGUGGUGCAGCGAGAUCGAGGAGCGCAUGCAGUUGCUCGGCGGCGGGCCCCUUGGGCGGAACUACAUCUUGCACACGGUAAAUGCCACGGACAAUAUGUCCCGGCCCGCGGAGCUGCUGAAGCGGCUGCAGGCCGGAGAGAUUGCGUUCACCCGCCCGCAGGACGAAGACGACCACGAGGGUCUGACUGAGCAGUUCCGCGAAAAGAUUUCGCUGAACCCGAAGGCCGACAGCGACCUGGCCUGGUCGUUCAGGGAUGAGACGCCGAAUGCGCGCAUCUGCCGCAUUCUGUGCGAUCUGGUCGACAGCUGCACCGCCUACACCCACGAUAAGACGGCCGAACUUUGCGAUCUGAAGGACC